AUGGCAGAGGCCCGGCCCGGGAGACGCACAGGCUCGCGCCGUGGCCAACGGCGGCAGCCCGCGACCUGGGAGAUCUCGGACUCGGACGCCGAGGGCGCCGCCGCUCCGGAGGUCGGCGCUCGAGGCCGGGGCGCGGCGGGGAAGAGCAAGGCGGCGGCCGGGGCGCUGCGGUCGGAUCAGGUCCUGAAGCGCCUGGCGGUGUGCGUGGACCCAGCCGUUCUGGAAGAUGCAGGUUCUGACAUCCUGAUGGAGGCCCUGGGCGCGCUGGGCUGCGAGUGCCGCAUCGAGCCGCAGCGCCUGGCCCGCAGCCUGCAGUGGAGCGGCGGGAGGCCCGACCCCGGCACCAGCGGCGUGCCUCCCGAGUUGUGUAAUGAGGAUGAGUGCGAACAGUUGCUACUGCUGGAGCCCCAGGAGUUUCUACGGGGUGCCGCCCAGCUGACCCAGAUGACAAGCCCACCCAGCAACCUGCCUUGGCUUUCUGCUGAGAACCCGGCCCGCCCCCACCUGGCUGUCAUCGGGCUGGACACAUACCUGUGGUCUCACAAGCCUAGUGUCCAGAAGAGACAGCAGCUAGAGAGGACAAAGGAGGCCCAAACCACCGUGACCAUCAGCUGGCCCGAGGUGGAGGAGGCCCUGGUACUGCUUCAGCUCUAUGCAGACCUGCGCGUGCUGCUGGUAGACUCCUGGCAGGAACUGAGUCAGCAUGUGUGCGCCUUCACCAAGGCCCUCGCCCAGCGCCCCUCAAAGCAGUAUCGGGAUUCCCAGGCCUUUCCCUUCUGCACCACAGGUCGCUGGGCCUCAGGCCUAAAAGUGACCAGAGAUGGCUCUGGGCUUCGAGGAGUAUGGUUGAGGCAGAUCGGGCAGUUUAACCGGGUCAGCCCAGCUGUGGCUGAUGCUGUCAUCACCGCCUUCCCCUCCCCCCGCCUUCUGCAACAGGCUCUCAUGGCCUGCAGCACGGAGCAGGAGCGCCUGGGCCUCCUGGCUGACCUCCCUGUCAAGACCCUUGGAGACAGACAAUCCCGCAGAGUGGGGCCUGACCUCUCACGACGCAUCUGCCUCUUCCUCACUACCACCAAUCCUGACUUCCUACUGGACCUGGCCUCCUGAUUACACCCAUGGCACCCCGGGCCUCCUGCUUGCCUACCAGAAGGAAACACAGUCCAGCCUGGGAACCAAUCCACAGGCCUGACCAGUCACCCUGCGGGGCAGGCAAGGUGAUGGGACUCUAGCUGCUGUAAACACUCAGCAACUGACUGGUUGGAUGUGAGUUCCAGGGAAGGUGAAAGGUGGAAGCUGGGGUGAACAGAAGAACCUGGGGUGUUGGGCUUCUGCCCUCUGCAUACACACCAGCUGCAGAGAGCCUAAUGGCAGGGCACUGGGAGGGGCUGAAGAGCACCACCCUGUCCCACUGCUUCUGAGGCUGCCCUGAGAGAAGCAGUACAGGACCCAGGGAGGAGGAGAGCCAGGCCUACACCUCCACAAGCUGCUAGACACAGCCAGACCCAGCGGGAGACAAAUGCAGGCAGCCCAGGCCUUGGUGUGGGCCUUUUAAUGUCACAUUGGGAGUGAGACUUAAACCCUACAUGGUGCACCAGCUGAAGUCUGUGAGCAGGAGCUGGCAACAUGCAAAGCAAGCUGGGAAAGACCGACUCCUCCUUCCUGGCCACACGUCCCUCCCCCCCCCCCCCCCCCCAGGGUCCAGGAGUGCUUAGGCUGCUUGUUACUGGGACACAGAGGGAGGGAGGAAGACCCGAAGGACUUUACAGCACCACUUCCCAGGCAGCACAAGGACCCCCAACACCUGACAAUCUGGCCCUGGAGGCCCCACAGGAUGGACUGGCCUUUAGGAGGCAGGGACAACCCCAGACAGACUUCGGUCCUUCCCUCUCGUGCUGCCCUGGAGGGUUAGAGAAGGCAGUCCCGGCCACCCUGGGGCCACUCUGACUGGGCAAGUCAGGUCCUUCGGCAGCGCUUCCUCUGGCAGGGUCUGCUCUCGGCCACAGUGCUGGGUGGGGGCGCAGGGGGCUUUCGGCGGCCGCAGUUCAUCCUCAGGACCCAGCCCAGCUUGUUGUGCAGCACCUGCUUGAGGCCCGGAGGCAGAGGCAGGCCCUCGAGGGUGUCCCCGGAGUCGGGCCGCAGCUGGCGCAGGCGGUAGCAGCACAGGUAUUGCAGGGAGGUGGAGCUGGCGCAGGAGCGGAUCACCUUCAUGCUGCUCUUGGCCGCUGUGGAGCACACCAUCGGGUAGAACCUCCUGUUCCGCAGCCGGGUGGCAGCCACUCCUGGAAGGAAAGAGCAGGAGGGGAAGGGGAUGCUCUUCUGCCUUCCCACAAACUGCCAAGGUGAACAGCUUGUGCCACUCUGAGGCAGGAUGCUGGACUCAGCUUUGGCCUAACGACCCCAGUUUGGCCGGCCUUGCUCACCCUCGAGGUGCCUCAGGUCACAGCCAGCUUGGUCCCACCCGGGACAGGCCUCAAUCCGGCCACAUCCUGCAGGCACUAUCUGCAGUAUCCAUUCAGAGCUGGGCUGAGGGAAAGCACCCUCACCUAUGCACGUCCGAUUCUUGAAGAAGGUCAGUGUCCCAUGCCAAGUGUCCAGAUGGACACCAAUGAUGGAGCCCUGGCCAAAGCGCGAGGAGAAGCUGGUCUUGUCACCCUUGUGAUGGAGCAGUCCUGAGGGCAGUGAGUGGAGUGGGGUGAGCCCAGGAAGGUCUGCAGUCCUGCCUGCCCUAGCCCAGCCCAGGGCCACACCUACCAGUGUAGGAGAGCCCCCAGCUGUCUUCAUCUCUGCCAAGCAAGCUGCAAAACGUGUGAUGGUACUUGUCCAGGUCCACAUCUGAUGUCCCGAUGCCCACCAUCUGGGAACAGUGGAGCUGGGCAGAGGGGUGCCUGGGAACAAGGCCCCAGGCAGCUGCCCUCCUGCUGGCAACCACUUACCAUGUCAGUACCAUAGACAGGAGAGGUCAUCUUGAUCUCCCAGAAAUGCUGGCCAUCCCCUAGCUCCUUGGUGCCCCGGAUGGCUGCAGUGCCACAGCUAUACUCCAUGUGGAAGCUGACCUUGCGAUUGUCACAGCUCAGCAAAGUGGCCGAGGACUUGUUCAGGUCAUCCCAGACCCAGUCAAAAUCUGCAAGACAGAAGAGUCCAGGCUAAGCCCACUGCGCCAGAGCCAGGGCCCACCUUAUCAGUCUCACUGAACCUGUCCAGCCUUCCUCAAGGGCACCUGCAGGAUACUCACCCUCAUCCUCCUCACCACAGCGGCAGUCCUUGUCACGGUGAACCAUGUGCAAGCUGUUACAAAAGGCAGCCUCACUCUGGCUCUCGCAGUCACAGAAGGACUCUCCAGUUACGGGCACAGCACUGGGGAUGGAUGGUGGCAGGGACGAGUACUCGGGAUCAGAAUCUGACUCACUGUGCUGGGAGGGAAGGGGCAAGAAGUUCUGUCAGCAGCCCACCCUCUCCUAGCCUCCUAACUCUUGCCUGGGAAAGAAAAUAAGGAACAUGCCAUGGCCCAUCUCAUGCUAUAGACACCUGACCUGGGAACUGGCCCCUGUGCCUGGUGUGGGGAGGAGGGGAAAUGGCCCCUGGGGCUGGCUUCCUAUUACAUCUGGAACUCAAUGCA